AUGUACCACAAGGACGGAACCGUAGAUGUGAAGCUAUUAGCCGACCUUGGGUACAUAGCCGACCGUCUUCGGAAUUUGGAACAGAAGUGGGAUUUGACAGAGCUGAAGGAUUUGCAUCGGCGCAUCGUACUCAAGUUCGACGAUCCACCGACGAGCGUACUGCGACUACGCGAAACGCUCGCACACACGCCGACCGUACCACCGGGAUCUCCGGAACAGCAGGAGCAGGAAGUCUCAGUGAAAGAGGAAGCAAAGGCUCUGGUUGUGAUCGUUGCAGAUGAACAAACUCCCAGUGUGGUAGUGGAGGAAUCUCCAGAAGAUUCUGAAGCAUCCAACACAUCCAACCGCGAUGAGGAUGUUAAUGAUUGUAAUGAAAAGAUCGUCGGAGAUGCUGGAAAUGUCGAUGAAAAAGUACAAAAACUAGACCAACUAGAGGAACUAGUGAUCGCUUUCUAUCACAGUUGUGGUCGACGCUAUUCCGGGUGUACGGUGGAGUUUCCGGGCAGUAGCACAGCCCGAGACGGUCCCGAGCCGAGCCGUGCACGGACGAAACGUACCAAAAAGAAGCAUUCGAUCAAGAAAGUGGUGGAACCAUCAUCACCAUCACAUCAAGGUCAGCAGCAAAGGCAGCAACCGGAUCCUGAUCGUACUAUGAACCAAGGCGCCGACCUGGACCAGGAUCGGGAUCAUCUCGCACGUGUUGCACCAUCGCCAGCAUCGUCCGACACCAGUGCCGUCCCGUGUAUAGACACGCGGCAACCAUCACAACCGUUGCGCUCGAUCCACGGUGAGGACAGCCCGAUCGGACCGGGUUCGCUCGAGCGGGAGGCAGCACUUGACGACGAGGAGGAUACGGUUACGCUGACCGCAGAAACGAGCAGCGAAUGCUGCAGUCAACGGACUGUGGUAGCAUUGGCGGGGGCAGAGCCUUCUCCCGUCCAUGACCGGACCGAAACGGUCGCCGGCAGCGACACGACCACCGACGACGACAACGACGAAAACGACGAGGACGGCGAUACGGGUGGUUCCGGUGCGGAUGCAAACGAUGAAGCGGAACCGGGUGAUACGUGCACUAGACGAUCCACACUAGAGAAGGAUUCGUCACCCUCAUCCCGGCGGUGUUCGCUCGGUGGUGAGUUUGAGACGGAUCAGAACCGGCGCCUUCGACGUCGACUGUCCGAGCUGACGAACAACUUCUGCACACCGAAGCAGUUUCAGCAGCUAUGUGACAAUCUGGACAGCAUCACCGACAACGAUCUGAAGCUGCUUAUAAGGGAACUGAAGCGAAAGAUCGAAUUUGCCGAAAGGAUGAACUGGCUGUGUCUGUCGAGUAGACCGCGCGGUCCACCGCAUCGGAAAACUAGCCUACCAAAGCAUACGGACGUGAAGAAGCGCUUCCUGGAGACGUGCGACACGACGCUAUCGGACGAGGUAAAGGCCGCCCUGCGGCUGCCAGCAUUCGAUUCAUACGAAUGGGAAGACUGGGACGUGAUCCACCUGAUGCAGACGAUGUUUGUCGAGCUGAAUUUGCUGGAAAAGUUUAACAUACCGAUCGAGACGUUGCGCGAGUGGCUGUACGAGGUGUACAAGCACUACAACGAUGUACCGUUCCACAACUAUCGGCACUGCUUCUGCGUCGCCCAAAUGAUGUACGCUAUCGCAUGGCACACGAAUCUGGUGCAACGGCUAGGAGAGCUGGAGGUGUUGGUACUGCUGGUGUCCUGCAUCUGUCACGAUUUGGACCACCCCGGUUACAACAAUAUCUAUCAGAUUAAUGCACGAACCGAGUUAGCAUUGAGGUACAAUGACAUUUCACCGCUGGAAAACCACCACUGUUCGAUCGCGUUUCGAUUGCUGGAGCAUCCGGAAUGUAACAUAUUUCGCAACAUGAGCAAGGAGAUGUACAAAGAUGUACGCGAGGGAAUUAUCCGGUGCAUAUUGGCCACCGAUAUGGCCCGACAUAACGAAAUCCUCACGCAAUUUCAAGAGGCUACACCCGAAUUCGAUUACGGCAACAAGGUUCACACGAAUCUGCUCUGCAUGGUACUGAUCAAGGUAGCGGAUAUUUCGAACGAAGCGCGUCCGAUGGAUGUUGCGGAACCUUGGGUUGAUCGACUGUUGCAAGAAUUCUUCGCACAAAGCGCAGCGGAAAAAUCCGAAGGUCUACCGGUGACCCCUUUUAUGGAUCCCGACAAGGUGUCUAAGCCGGGUAGUCAGGUGCGCUUCAUCGGUCUCGUACUGUUGCCAUUAUUCGAAGCGCUUGGUGACCUGUUGCCGGAACUAACCGAUCUUAUCAUCACUCCGGUGCGGGUCGCUCUGGAUUACUAUCGACGUCUGAACGAUGCCGCAAACAAGACCCGUCGAUCGAUCGCCGAAGCGGAGGCCGCGUCCUCCGAGAGUGGUGGCUCACCGCAACUGCCACGGUCGCAGUCCGGCAUCAGCGUCAAAUCCCGACGUAGUAUUCCCUCGCAAAAGUCCGCAUCUCGCACGUCUGUUGAUGAGCCUAUUUUAAUUGCAGCCGAACUGCACGAUCUACCGGAGGGCAGCGAAAGCGGUGACUCCGAGACGGCCACUGAAGUCGACGUGGCGGAGAAAACGUCCAAAUUUAAGGUGGACACGGAAAGCAUCCACCGCAAACAGUCGCACCCGAACUCCCGGAAGGGUAGCCGCGAGAAGCGCCCCUCGAUGAUCGGUGAAUACUACACCACAGGUACGCGCACCCGUGGUUCCCACGGCAACAUACAGCAUACUAAUAAUCGCACGUAUUUUGGUUCGAAUCGCGCCAUUAGCCUAGACCAGUACAGUAACAACCGGCGCAUGUCCGACGGCGUCCCGAUACAGACGGUCCACUCAGACAACAGUGUGCUGUACUACCACCAUCAGCGGCAGCACCGCAGCCUUGACCACGACACUAUGUAUUCGUCUUCGGAAAAGAGCACCAGUCUGAACAGCACGCACGAUACAGGGCCGACAGGGACAGAUCCACCUGCCCAGCACGUACCACCACCGGUCACGGGGAAGCAAAGGUUGGGCAAGCUGUUUGGCAAUGGCAGUGGGAGCCCGGUGGCCGCUGCAUCGGCGGUGGCAAAUCUCAAAAACAACAACAGCAACAGUGGAACGGGUGGCGCAUCGAGUAGUGGCGCUGGAAAACACUUUUGCCGAAUGUUGAGCUUUAAUCAGCAGCAAAAGCUGGACAAGCUGCGCAACAACAAUAACAGCCAGAACAAAAACAACAACAACAACAACAGCAAAAGUACCGAAGGCAACGGCAACAAUAACAAUAAUAAUAACAACAAUAACAAUAGCAUUAGCAACAAUAAGAACACGCACAGUGCUGCGUCGAACAGUCACGCGAAACAUCUCGAUGGACGUGAACCUUUUUUUGCGGGUGCACCGGGAAUCCUCCCGCGGGUGGGCUGCCCCGCUGGUGGUGGUGAUGGUGGCGGAAUCGAUGGGACCAUUUCCGGGAGUGUCGGUGGCGGCGGUAAUGUGGAAGCUGGCGGAGGCGAUGUUAAGGGUGGCAAUGGUAAUGGCAGCAGCAAUGGGCCGGCGGGCCGUACAGCGAACACGUCAUCGUCCUCAGCGUCGUCCGGUUCGAAAUCGUUCCUGUCCCGGUUGCGCCAGCUGACCGGCCGACUGAGCUUCAACUUUGACUCGCGGGAAUCGAAAAAGUUGCAGCUCUUGGCGGCAAAUGCUCCCGAGCGCAUCCCGAAACCUUCCGGUGUGCCAAAACGGGACCAUCGUCUGGAGAAGUCACGCACGGUAGAUGUGGGAGAUCUCGGGCCGGUGGCGAUAUGUGGCGAUAGUACGAUGACUGGCCAACAGCCAGCUAGUGUUAGUAGUUCGCUGAUGGUACAUCAUCAUCAUCAUCAGCAUCACCACCAACACCAUACGGUUGGACUCGUAGCAGGUGAGUCCUUCUACGGUGGAGGACCUCCGGUGGUAAUGAACCAACCGAAAUCCAUUUCACCCAUCCUCAUGCAGCACCGUCACAGUGAGGUGCUGGGUUUGGGUGGACCGGCAGGUGCCGCGGCACGAAGCCGUGCCUACAGUCUGGAUGUGCCGAUCGGGGGACGCCACUGCUGUCGCAGUCUCAGCGGUAGUACUACUGGUGGUGGCGCUGGAUCUAGUUGUGGCGGCAGCCACAAGAGUCUCACCUUUUCGCUCAACAAUCGCUCCCUAACAGAGGACAACGAUGGUGGCAGUUUGGCGCUCGUGUCCUGUGAUCGUAAAUCGGGAACAGGGCCACUGCGUAAUGGGACCGAUAACUCGCUACUGCUAUUGGCGGACGAUCCAUCCUCGUCCGUGGCAGCCGUCACAGGUGGUGCUGGUAGUGCACCCCCCGAUGAAACCAUUUGA